AUGGUCUUGAUGUCAAAUGAAAAAGAUGAAAAGGAAAACGCAAAAGUGAAUGGAGAUGCUGAGAAGAAGAAAGCGGAUACAGAUGAAAAACGUUCAAAUAAAUCAGUGAUUUAUCCUAUCGAACCCUCAGCACUGUACAUCGAUGAUCUGAAAAAUAGUAAAAAAGCUUAUGAUAUCACUAUGGACGACCCCCAAGAAAAACCAUCAGAUUCCAAACCGAAAUUAGGAUUUUUUGAACCUUAUAAACGACUUUAUGCAUUUGCUGACAAUAUUGAUAUGCAGCUCAUGGCUAUGGGCUUGUUCAGUGCAUUACUCCAAUCAGCUCUCCCGCCAUUCGUUUGGCUAAUUAUGGGUAAUUUUGUAUCAGUAUCUAUUCUGAGAGAGGAAGGAAAAAUGGGUCUGAAAAAUUUGUCAUCUGAAUAUCCAAUCGACGAUCAGUUUGCUUCAUCUGCUACUCCUGCAUUUAUUUCUAUGUUAGGCCUCUCGAUUGCAAUGUUUAUCGCAGCUUUCUGUCAGCGAAUCGCUUGGGAAAUUUCAUCGAUCCGUCAAGUGUUUCGCAUCAAGAAAGCAUACAUUAGAAAGUUGCUUCUUAUGGAUAUCUCGUGGUUGGAAUCCCGCCAAAGUGGACAUGUCGCCGCAAUGUUGCAAGAAUCCGCCGACUCCAUAUACAAUGGAAUCUCAGAUCACUUGCCCAUGGUGGUCUUCAUUCUCUCGUACCUCCUCGUGAAUAUCGGAGUGUGUGUCUACAUUCAAUGGGACGUCACACUAUUCAUGUGUCUGGCUAUCCCUCUUCUUAUCAUAUCACGUAUACUGUAUAGUAAGUGGUUUGCAAAUACGAUGGAGGAGGAAACAAAGCUACAGAAUAAGAUCACCAAUCUUGUCAAUGAAACGUUUAAUUGUAUAACGACGGUUAUCUCAUUUGCCGCUCAGAAACAGAAAAUCAACAAAUUUGAAAAGUUAUCUGCAGAACACAGCAAGCUAACUGAAGAGAGGUUAAGGUCAUCUGUAGUGUUUGAUAGUUUGACACAGAUUCUAUUGACUGAACUGAUAUUCACUGGAGCACUUUGCUAUGGAAUCUGGAGAGUUGCUGACAAUUCACCAGGACGUCUUUGCGCGCUUGCCAUCAAUAUGCUUUACAUGUGUGUCACUUCAAUUUCUAUUGGUUUUCAUAUCAAUGGAGCGACUCGAGCAAAGGAUAAUGCUAAGGAAAUUUGUGAAGUUUUGAAUGAACAACCAAAAAUUGAAGUUGAGUUGGGCUCAAUCGACAAUAAUGUGGACUAUGUUCCUGUUACAAGAUGCAAAUACAGAAGACAGAGUAUGAAAUUCAUGGGAAAAGGAGCUCUCCAUUUCCGGGAUAUUCAUUUCUCCUACCCAAGUAGAAAAGAGACUGAAGUUCUACGUGGAAUCUCAUUCAAAGUGGAAGCUGGAGAGAAAAUUGCAAUUGUUGGAAGCAGUGGAAGUGGAAAAAGUACACUGACUGCACUUCUUCUCAGGUUCUAUGACCCCACUAAAGGAGCGAUUCUUCUUGACGGAGAGAAUAUCAAAAUGAUGUCACCGGAUGAUCUCCGUGGACAAUGUUCUCUUGUGAGUCAGGAACCAGUACUUUUCGAUGGAACAAUCAGUGACAACAUUCGGUAUGGAAGACUCGAUGCUACUCAGCAAGAAAUCAACGAUGCUGCUAGAAAAGUAGGAGCAUGGAAGUUUAUCAACAGUUUGCCAGAUGGAAUGAGAACUCGAGUCGGAGAAAGAGGUCACCAAUUAUCCGGAGGACAAAAACAACGAGUAGCCAUCGCCAGAGCUGUUAUUCGUAAACCAAUUGUGUUGAUCUUCGACGAAGCCACAUCUGCAUUAGACAACAUUCACGAGGAAGAAGUGAACGCCGCUAUUGACUUGGCUUCUGAGGGUCUUACUACUAUCACAAUUGCUCAUCGUUUGUCCACCAUCAAGAAUUCCGACCGAAUCAUUGUGUUGCAUGAAGGGCAAAUUGUAGAGGAAGGUCCGCCAGAUGAGUUAUUGGCUGAUGUGAAUGGUAUUUUUUAUAAGAUGUACAAUGACCAACGUCUCGACCAACUGAGCCAACAACACCAACAGCUGCAGACAAAACCGUCACUUCAGCAACAGAUGUCCUUCAGUCCGCCUCCAAAACUGGACCCUGACCAGCAGAGACGCGCAUGGGCUCGCAGUUCUCUCGGAGGAAAUAAGAAGUUGGGAAAGUCGUAUUCUGUGAACAGUAUGGAGAAAGACAAAUUGAAGUUGCCGGUGAUGAGUAAGAAGAAAUCGGAAAGAUUGGAUUAUAAAUACUCGAGAGUACACAGUAUGGACGUGAAACAACAUGGAGAGAGUAUGGAGGAUGACGAUCUUCCUGGAAAAGAAACAAAUUUUACUGUUCUCAAAGACUUGAUAUACUCCUACCGGAAAGGUUUGCCAUUGUUGGCAGGUGCCAUCCCAACUACAAUUGUCAGAGCAGUGUUUUAUCUUCUCAUUUGUUUCCAAGUUGCUUCAGUAUUAGAAAUUUCUAUUGCUCCUGAAGAAGAACGUGCUUUACAAAUUUUCAUAGUUGCUGCUAUCUACACAGCUUUAAUCAUCGUGAAAACUAUUUUCGAAGCUCUCGGGCGUCUCUUCAUUGCACUUUAUGGUCAUGGGUUCUGUAAGUUCAUGAGAAAUGAGAUGUUCAGAAAGGUACUCCGUCACGGUGCUGCAUAUUUUGACGAAGAAAAAAACAGUCCUGGAAGACUGGUUCACAAAGUGAUUAACGAAUCGUCAACGUUGAAUGAAAUCAUGGAACAAAAACUUGAUAUGCUAAUUCCUGGUGUCGUCUGUUCUGUUUUUUCAAUUGUCUGUGCAUUGUGGAUCAACUGGAAGAUGGCUCUUCUGUGCUCUUUCCAAUUCCCAGCUUACUUCAUUAUUCGGAUUCUUCAAAUCAGAGAAGGAACCAAAAGACAGAGAGAAAUGGUGGAUGAAGAGAAAAAGGCAGCAAAUCUCGCAUCAGUAGUUCUUGCCAAUAUGAGUACUAUCAAGGCAUACAAUUUGCAAUCUCACUUUUACAAUGUGUUCUGUGACGCAUUAAAGCCUGUGUCUCAAUGUAUGCAGAAGCAAUCUGUAAUCUCUGCUUUCGUAUUUGCAUGCCAAUACUCAUUCACAUAUAUUCUCAUCGCAAUUACACUUCAUUUUGGAAAAGUGAUGAUGUUGUCUAAUGAGAUUAGUGUUUUCGACUACAUGAGAGUUGUCCUGCUUACUCAAUUCGGUGCUAACUUCUUCUCCCAACUUAUCGCUUCAGUCAGUGACUUCACCAAAGCUCAGAUUGCCGCUGAAAACGUGAUGAGAGUAAUAAGAGAACCGCCAGUAGAUAUGGAUAACUUGUCUGAAGAGGGAUUGAGACCUAAGCUUGAAGGAAACCUUUGUCUGAAAGAUGUAUCGUUCCGGUACCCAACAAGACCGAUUGUUCCAGUUUUGACAAAUUUGAACCUCAAGGUCCGUGGUGGAGAGUCGAUUGCACUGGUCGGACCAUCUGGUUCCGGAAAAUCUUCUAUUAUUUCACUAUUCCAAAGAAUGUACAAUGCAACCGACGGAGUUGUUAUAAUCGACAAGUACAACAUCAAAUCCAUAAACCCGGCCUAUUUAAGAAGAUGUAUUGUACAAGUCGGCCAAGAACCGGAUCUUUUCUCUUUCACUAUCAAGGAGAACAUUGCAUUUGGAAUGAUGGAAAGUGAAGCUACCAUCGAUAAAGUGAUAGAAGCUGCAAAGAUCGCAGAUAUCCACAAUUUCAUCACAAGCCUUCCGCAGGGUUAUGACACUGAGGUUGGAGAGUUUGGUGCCCAGCUAUCUGGCGGUCAAAAACAAAGAAUUGCGAUUGCUCGGGCAAUUAUCAGAAAACCAACUGUUCUACUGCUCGACGAGGCUACUUCUGCACUGGAUAGUGCAAGUGAAAGAGAAGUUCAAAGCGCGUUUGAACGUGUUAAGCAGAGCAAGAAGACUGCAUGCACUUGUAUUCAAAUUGCACAUCGUCUAUCAACAAUCCGUAACGUAGACAGAAUAUAUGUGAUUGUGCAUGGAGAAAUCGCAGAGGAAGGUGAUCAUGAGUCUCUGAUGAAUUUGAAGGGUAUCUACUACGAAAUGAACCAAAUGGCUUAA